AUGUCAGACUAUGCCUCGUACAUGAACAUCAAAAGUUCUCAAGAAGCUCGUUACUGCAAUCUACGGAAGCCAAGGAGAGUGGAGGGGGACAAAGGGGUCCUGGGGAGGGGCGCCAUGGGGUCCCUGCGGGGGUCUCCUCCUCCUCUCCCCGCUCCUUCCCCCCGGCUGGAGGGACAAUCCGGUUCUUGCAGGUCUGCGGGGGAGGGAUCACCAGUUUCCUUCGAGGAGGUGGCCAUGUUCUUCACUGUGGAGGAAUGGGCUCUGCUGGAUCCAGGCCAAAGAAAACUCUACCGGGAAGUUAUGGAGGAAAAUUACAAGACCGUGGGCUCUGUGGGGAACUACACUUCCCAGAAAAUCUUGCGAGCACCAGAGAGAUUCACCCAGGGGGUGGUUUUUCCUGGAGGAGGAGAAGGAAAAAGAUGGGAUGUGGAAUUCCCCAGGGCCUCUCUUCUUUCUUGUUUCCCCCGGCGGGAGGGAGAAUUUGGCUCCUGCACCUUUGCAGGAAAGUCCUCUCCCUCUAAAUCCAGCAUGUACAUUCCCUUGCUCUUCCUGCCCAUUGUCGCAGCAAUUCCAUUUACAGAAGGGAAGGAGAUGGUGAGGGAGAAGGAAUCUUCAAGGGUGGUCGCGGGAAAAGAUGGAGAUCUGCAUGAGGAAGCGAAAUCUGGGGAUCAAGCCCAAAGGGUUCACAGAGGGGAGAAGCCCUAUCAAUGCCUCGAGUGUGGAAAGUACUUCCAUAGGAAUGGCGACCUAACUAAACAUCAUCGACUUCACAGAGGGGAGAAGCCAUAUAUGUGCCUGGAGUGUGGAAAGUGCUUCUCUUACAGUACCCACCUAACUCGACAUCAAAGGGUUCACGCAGGGGAGAAACCAUAUAAAUGCCUGGAGUGUAAAAAGUACUUCUCUUGCAAUGACAGCCUAACUAAACAUCAAAGGGUUCACACAGAGGAGAAGCCAUAUAAAUGCCUCGAGUGUGGAAAGUGCUUCUCUCAGAGUGGCCAGCUAACUCAACAUCACAGGGUUCACACAGGGGAGAAGCCAUAUAAAUGCCAGGUGUGUGGAAAGUGCUUCUCUUGGAGUACCAGCCUAACUCAACAUCAAAGGGCUCACACAAGGGAGAAGCCAUAUAAAUGCCAGGUGUGUGGAAAGUGCUUCUCUCUCAGUACCCACUUAACUCGACAUCAAAGGGUCCACACAGGGGAGAAGCCAUAUAAAUGCCAGGUGUGUGGAGAGAGCUUUUCUCAGAAUGGCCACCUAACUCAACAUCAAAGGGUUCACACAGGGGAGAAGCCAUAUAAAUGCCUGGAGUGUGGAAAGUGCUUCUCUUAUAGUAGUGCCCUAACUCAACAUCAAAGGGUUCACACAGGGGAGAAGCCAUAUAAAUGCCUGGAGUGUGGAAAGUGCUUCUCUUAUAGUAGUGCCCUAACUCAACAUCAAAGGGUUCACACAGGGGAGAAGCCGUAUAAAUGCCUGGAGUGUGGAAAGUGCUUCUCUUAUAGUAGUGCCCUAACUAAUCAUCACAGGAGGCAGAAACCAUAUAAAUGCUUGGAGUGUGGAAAGUGCUUCCUUCGCAGUACCCACCUAACUCGACAUCAAAGAGUUCACACGGGGGAGAAGCCAUAUAAAUGUCUACAGUGUGGAAAGUUCUUCUCUUGGAGUAGCGACCUAACUCAACAUCAGAGGGUUCACACAGGGGAGAAGCCAUUUAAAUGCCUGGUGUGUGGAAAGUGCUUUUCUCAGAGUAGCCCCCUAACUAUACAUCAAAGGGCUCACACAGGGGAGAAGCCAUAUAAAUGCCAGGUGUGUGGAAAGUGCUUCUCUUGGAAAGGCAAACUAACUGUACAUCAAAGAGUUCACACGGGGGAGAAGCCAUAUAAAUGCCUGGAUUGUGGAAAAUCCUUCUCUCAGAAUGGCUCACUAACUACGCAUCAAAGACUUCACACAGGGGAGAAGCCAUAUAACUGCCAGGCGUGUGGAAAGUGCUUUUCUCAGAAAGGCGACCUAACUCAACAUCAAAGGGUACACACAGAGGAGAAGCCAUAUAAAUGCCUGGAGUGUGGAAAGUGCUUCUCUCAGAAAGGUGACCUAACUCAACAUCAAAGGGUUCACACAGAGGAGAAGCCAUAUAAAUGUCUAGAGUGUGAAAAGUGCUUCUCUUGGAGUACCCAUCUAACUCAACAUCAAAGGGCUCACACAGGGCAGAAACUAUAUAAAUGCUUGGAGUGUGGAAAGUGCUUCCUUCGGAGUACCCACCUAACUCGACAUCAAAGAGUUCGCACGAGGGAGAAGCCAUAUAAAUGCAUGGAGUGUGGAAAAUCCUUCUCUCAGAAUGGCUCACUAACUACGCAUCAAAGGCUUCACACAGGGGAGAAGCCAUAUAACUGCCAGGUGUGUGGAAAGUGCUUUUCUCAGAAAGGCGACCUAACUCAACAUCAAAGGGUUCACACAGGGGAGAAGCCAUAUAAAUGCCUGGAGUGUGGAAAGUGCUUCUCUUGGAGUGAGAAGGAUGAUGAGGAGUUGGAACGCCUGGCAGAACAUCAGUCACCAGCAAGAUGGCCAGCAAACUUUGGGAACAGGAGGAGGCGUGUGGUGCUUCUUGCUGAUGUAGCCAAUCAGAUGCUACGCCAGUGUGAGUGGGAGGAGGAGAAUGCCUCUCAGCACCAUCAGGAGAUGCUGUUGGCCCCUCAGGAGGAGUCCCGUGAUCAAAAGGCUUUUCUCCUUCUCUCCAAAGUGUUGGAAAAAUUGCGUCUGCAUCAGGAUUUCAAACGUCUGGGCACUGGGGGCUUGGAGACUGGCAGGGGCACUCUGGCCGAUGAAAGCUGA